AGGGCCCGGCCGUUGGUCGCUGAGGGCCCGGCCGUUGGUCGCGGAGGAUGAGGCCGCGCGCUAGCGAUGCUCGUGCCCCGUGAGAUGGAGCCCAAGACGCAGCUGCAGCUCGUCAUCCGCAUCAAGGUGGCGAGCGGCGACCUGGACUGGAGCAUCCCGCCCGGCUCCCAGCUCCUCUUCAGAGACGUGCUGGAUGUUAUUGGUCAAGUGUUACCAGACACGACGACAACAGCAUUUGAGUAUGAAGAUGAAGAUGGGGAUCGAAUCACAGUGCGCAGUGAUGAAGAAAUGAAAGCCAUGUUAUCAUAUUAUUAUGCUACUGUGAGAGAACAAGAAGUUAAUGGGCAGAUGAUUGAACCAUUGCAGAUAUAUCCACGAGCCUGCAAGCCACCUGGGAAACGGAACAUACAUGGCCUGAAGGUAAAUACACGGGCAGGGUCCUCUAAUAAUAGCUGCCCAGCAGUCACAGAAGGCCUUUCGAACAAUAGCUUGAAGAAGUCAUCUGCUGAACUUAAGAAAAUACUGGCAAAUGGGCAGAUGAAUGAACAGGACAUUCAGUAUCGAGAUAUCCUCGGUCAUGGCAAUGGAGGGACAGUGUACAAAGCUUACCAUGUUCCAAGUGGAAAAAUAUUAGCCGUUAAGGUUAUUCCCUUAGACAUUACACUGGAGCUUCAAAAACAAAUUAUGUCUGAAUUAGAAAUUCUUUAUAAGUGUGACUCGUCAUAUAUAAUAGGAUUUUAUGGCGCAUUUUUCGUGGAAAACAGAAUAUCAAUAUGUACAGAAUUCAUGGAUGGAGGCUCUUUGGAUGUAUAUAGAAAGAUCCCUGAGCACGUACUGGGCAGAAUCUCUGUUGCAGUUGUGAAAGGCCUUACCUAUCUGUGGAGCCUAAAGAUUUUGCACCGUGAUGUCAAACCCUCUAAUAUGCUGGUGAACACACGAGGACAGGUCAAGCUGUGCGAUUUUGGAGUGAGCACCCAGCUGGUGAAUUCGAUAGCAAAAACAUACGUGGGAACAAAUGCAUAUAUGGCGCCAGAAAGGAUAGCGGGAGAACAGUACGGAAUACAUUCAGAUGUGUGGAGUUUUGGAAUAUCUUUUAUGGAGCUUGCUCUUGGGAGGUUUCCAUAUCCUCAGGUACUAAGACCUGGCGAAGUUCUGAAUGAUGUGAUUCAGAAAAACCAGGGAUCUUUAAUGCCACUACAGUUAUUGCAGUGCAUCGUUGAUGAGGAUCCACCAGUCCUUCCGGUUGGAGAGUUUUCUGAGUCAUUUGUACAUUUCAUCACUCAGUGCAUGAGGAAGUUACCGACUGAAAGGCCUGCCCCGGAAGAACUCAUGGUUCAUCCAUUUGUUGUGCACUACAAUGACAAGAACGCUGAGGUGGUUUCCAUGUGGGUCUGCAGGAUGCUUGAAGAAAGGCGCUCACAACAGGGGAUCCAGUAACCAACCUCAACACCAGUGGCGUUAGACAAAAGAAUAUUGUCAAGACAAUAAAAUCUCAACAGAGCAAGCCAUUUUAUUUCCCCCCCCCCCCCCCCUUCUCCAGUAUUGCCAAAUCAAUGUGGCAGAGUGUUGCAUGACCACAGCAUGCCUUACAUUAUCUCUCGUCUGAGCAGACGACAUCUGUAACUGUCCUCUGACUUGGCAGGUGGUCUCAAUUACUGCCAUCAUGACAUGAUCUAUAGAUAGUCCGUGAGAAGGGUUAGAUCACAGGGGGUCCUCGCAUUUCAACCAGCAGAGCCCAGGAGUUUCACAUCUAAUUCACUGCACCGUUCAUGUGUGCCUGUUUGUCCUUUGUAAAUUCAGACACAUUCUGCCUGCUCUUAUUAGACUGAUAAUAUUGCUGUUUGAGCGAGUGAUCCAUUUAUUGGACCUGAUGUUAUGCUGAUAUGGAAAACAAGACAAGCAUCUCUCACUCUCCAACGUUGGGCAACAGUUAGAAAUUUGGAUGCUCGCAUAUUUCUUGCAAUUGCUUCAAAGCAUUUUGAAUGCCAACAUAUUGGGCCUUAAAUGUGUUUACUUUUGACAUUUAUUUUAAAUAAUAUGAUACAAUUUAUAACGCAUCCAAAACUAUGGUAUGCAAUUAUGAUGUAUGAUUUUUACAAUGUGGAUUUUAGAUAAAAUAUGCACAUACUGUACAGUUUUAUAUUGAUGAAAUCAGUCGGUGUAUCACUAUCAUUUUGCUGUGCAUUGCACUUCGUCAUCAGAUUAUUCUGUGCAGUCACACAUUAUACAUUUUUCUUCUGAAGUUGCUUAUUUUAUUCAGUAGUGAACAUUUUCUGUUGAUUUUCCAAAGUUUAAAUAAAAUUUUAAACACCCAGUAA